AGAUGCGCGCCGCCGGCCCUUUCUGAGGAUCCCGGAGCCCACCGCCGCGAUGGAAGAGGACCAGGAGCUGGAGAGGAAGGCCAUUGAGGAGCUGCUCAAGGAGGCCAAGCGGGGCAAGACGCGGGCGGAGACCAUGGGACCCAUGGGCUGGAUGAAGUGUCCCCUUGCGGGAACCAACAAAAGGUUUCUCCUUAACACCAUCAAGAACACACUGCCCCCGCACAAGGAGCCAGACCAGGAGCCCCAGGAGGGCACCGCGGAGCCUGCGGAAAGCCCGCCACCCCCGCACAAGGAGGAAAGCCCCAGGAAGCGCCGGCCCCACCCAUACAGGGCCAGUGUCCAGCGCAGCCGCGCCGGCCACUCACCGCCCUCCUCUCGGAAGCGCAGCUCCCACGGGAAGUCCCACCGGCGCUCCAACAGGCGAUGAGGCGGGUCCCCAGCACCGGGGACCGGGGCGGUGUGGCUUUCUUGAAGCAGAGGAGGUGGCUGAGGACGAUGAUUCUUGCAGUCGAUCCCUUGUUCUUGUUGUUGUUUAUAAAGAGGU